AUGCUGAUGUUCCGCAGCACACACCGUCUACGCAAAGACCAGUACUUUAAGAAUCUGGAGAGCGAGGUCUUGCGUUUACGCGCAAAUGAAGUGAAUUUGGUCAUUCAAGUUCAGAACCUUCGCAACCAGGUCGAUGUGCUCCAGGAGAUUUUGAAGAAACAUGAUCAAUCUAUACUAUCAACCCCAUUUUGCGAUUUUGUCGCAACUGAGGGCGUUAGACCAGACCCCCUCCCCCCCAUAGCCCCGAUUCAAGACCAUGCCAAUGUCCAAGAUGGGAUUAGUUCAUGGGCAUCCAAACCAGAUAUGGAUUUUGAAAGGACCAAUGCAUAUGUCGACCUCUCUAGUGAAAGUAUCUGCGCCCCUAUCAAGGCAAACAACUCUACAGACUCCCACGGCCAACCAGUUGGAUUAACAAACGAUCCACUGCCGGGCCAAUUAUUCAGUUCUCCAUCUCGCACUGCUCUAGUUCAAUCGAAGGAUUCACAGUUGCUAUGCGCCAAAAAACCGUUUGACCAAAAGAUGACUGACAUGGGUAUGGAAUUUAUCUUGGCACUGGAACACCCCUGUCUCCCCCACUUAGAUCGCCACCCAGACAAGCCUAACGGCCAUGCUCUGCUUGCAUCUGCCACUUUCAUCAACUCAAAUAGCCAUCAAUGCGCUUCGCCAUCGCAUAAGCCCGCACUCAUAUUUGACAGACUGCUAGCCCUGUCUGAAGAGCUUGUUCUUGAAGAUGAGCUUAGCCCAACCCAGGCUUGGUUUCAUCUUGUCCAACAACCUUGGACAAGUAGGAUCGAUCUAGAUAUCCUCAGACUUCUGAGUUCGUCACUUUCGAAGCUGAUCAAAUGCCACGGAUGA